AUGGAGAAUAACACAUCAUCAAUUUAUAAUGCAUCAGAUUUUAAUGCGAAUAGAACUUACGCGGAUAUUCCGGACUGGGCAAAUAUAUCUGGAAUUAUUUUUAUGACCCUAGUGACGAUAGCUGGAAUUGCCGGGAAUAGCCUAAUCAUAGUAGUGCAGUUGAAAACCCGCGACAAAACAAGUACGGACUUUCUAGUUUUAGCGAUGGCGGCUUUUGAGCUUUAUUGCUCUGGAAUCAACAACAGUCUAAGUGUGCUUCGUAGUUUCAGAAUUAUUUGGACAUCGAUUGUUUCCUCGUCGGUGUGCUGUUUUGAAACAUUUUCUAUUUAUCUAACAAGUAUAUCAACAACAUUUCUGCUCACGGCAACAGCUUUGGACCGAUAUAUUCAAACUUGUAAACCACUAAACAGUUAUUAUUCCAAAUCAAACGCUAAAUGGAUCUGUUUGACCUUGGUUGUAUCAAGUGUUAUUCUUUCAGCACCGAGCAUUGGAAUCAUUACAGCAGACAUGGAAAGCCUUGACUGUGUAAGGAAUAUGGAAAAUAUUGUACUAGCAACUAUUUUCGAUCUAUUUCUGUCAGCUGCAUUCCUUGCAAUGUUUGUCAUUGUCGUCGUUUGUUAUUCGAAAGUCACGAUAAUGUUACGUAGACGUCGCCGUCAGAAAGAGAUGGUAACAAACACGUGCACAAGUGGGACGUAUCCUUUAGCUGUACGCCAGCAAUUGAAAAUUCCUAGAAACAAAGUAUGCCCAACAUCGACACAAGAGACUCUCGAGAACUGCCCGAGUACAGACGUGAUGGAAGAUGACACAAACAACGCGCAUGAAUUACAUUCUCAAGAGGUGAGUCAGGUAUCGGCUGCAAGCCAAACAACUGGUCAAGCGGCUAUCCGAAAGAACCGGUCUGAACGGAAGAUUCUGAACCGAACAACCCUGAUCAUGUUCCUAAUAACAACGAUCUAUAUUUUAACCUGGCUGAUUCACUUCAUUGUCGUCUGGAUUGUGCCACCUAUGACCUCUAGUGGCAGAGCAGUUCUUCACCUUGUAGCGGGCCUGUACAGAAUAAAUUGUAUGACGAAUGCGAUAUUCUAUAUAACAAUGAGUUCGAGAUUUAGACAGAAUGCCAAAAAGCUUUUUCGUCGGCAUUAG